UCUCUCGUGCCUCAUAAUGUGUCUCAUCCGAGGACAGGACGCUGUAAUGAGCUGAAGAAAUCCUGCAGUGUUAUGAUGAUGGUUUGUGAGCGGCUGGGAGGGUGAGCGGCUCUUCGCUUGUGUGGUGGUCUUAGAUUAGAUUAUUUAGACUGUAGCUCAGUGUUAUUACAGUAGUACUACAUCUUUGAUCCCCGGUAGUUUUAGUUUAUCGGACAGUCCCCGGAGUGCGGUGGUAGCACAAUGACACUGUUUUAAUUUUGUGCUGGAGUAGCGAGACAUGUGCGGCAGAAAGACCGCUACUCGUGUCGCCUAAAGGCAGCCGGGACCGGACAUUUUUGAUGAAGACAGAGGCCAGAAGAAGGAGACGCAACAUGUUUGAAGCUGCGGGGAUCCCCCUCAUCGUGCUGGACUUUAUCUGUCUCAUCCUCGUUGGACUUCCAUUUUUUAUCCUCACCCCUCAACACAACCCUUUCAAGCGGGGUUUCUUCUGUAACGAUGAGUCCAUCAGAUACCCCCUCAAAGAGGACACCAUAUCCUACCAGCUGCUGGGAGGAGUCAUGAUCCCCUUCACGCUCAUCGUGAUCGUCUGCGGCGAGUGCCUUUCUGUUUACAUGUCUCGCAUCAACAACCAGUCUUUGGGGACCAAGUAUGUAGCGUGUGUCUACAAAGCCGUGGGGAGCUACGUGUUUGGAGCAGCUGCUAGCCAGUCUCUGACGGACAUAGCCAAGUACUCCAUCGGUCGUCUGCGGCCAAACUUCCUGGCUGUAUGCAAACCGGUAUGGAAUAGCAUCAACUGCAAUGCUGGCGGAUACAUCGAGAACUUCACCUGCACCGGAGACAAGUUCCUGGUAGAUGAGGCCAGACUGUCCUUCUACUCUGGUCAUUCAUCCUUCUCUAUGUACUGCAUGCUGUUCCUGGUACUGUACAUUCAAGCUAGACUGAGGUCAGAAUGGUCGAGGCUCCUGCGUCCCACCAUCCAGUUCUUCCUGACCGCCACUGCUGUGUACGUGGGUCUGUCCCGGGUGUCCGACUACGAACAUCACUGGAGCGACGUGCUCACUGGCCUCCUGCAGGGAGGUUUAGUGGCCACUCUCACAGUGUUCUGUGUGGCCAACUUCUUUGAACAGCCAGUGGACCCCGUAGUGUCACAGGGGGAAGAGGCCUCACACACCAAUUUACAGGAAAAUCCUCCCAAUGGGAACCACUACGGCAGCACUGACUGAAUCUGAGGCCUCAAAGACAAUACUCUAGAGGGCCUGUACACCUUAAAAUGGCCAUGAAAGGAGCUAAAACAAUGAACUGCAAGUGUUAAAUAUUAACUGCUUGUUGUUUCUAUACAAUUCUUCGACAUAGUUUGCCCGGUGGAGCCGACGACGCUGCAGGCUUCAGCUGCUACCUUUGGUGUGGUCAGUAAACUUUGAUUAAAAGAAGAAACGUGCACUACAGAAGAUAUAAAGAUAUAAAGAAGCAGAACCUUCUGCAGAGGUUUUGGGUAAAUCAAACAUGAUAUAAUUUAUGGGAUGACAAAACAAAAUACAGCAUAUUACCUGAGAAAAAGUUGCUUUUUUUUACAGUGUAAGCUUGUUGUAAAUGGGGUUGCUAGUGUAUAUUGGUCUGACGUUGCCAUCAUGAAUGAAUGGAAUUCCUUUUGCCCCGAAUAUAAUGAGCGUCUGUGUGCGCACUGCAAGCAGGCUUGUAGAGGGCCUGGCACCUGUGAAUAAGAAAACCUGGACUGUCCUUAAAUUUCAAAUGGAGACUGAACUCAUAUAUAUAUAU